AUGUUCAAAGAAUUUAAAAAGGAAACGGAAGAAAUGUUUCAAAAGCAAGAAAAAGCAGUUCUCGAUAUUAUUGGCGCUAACAUCAAAAUAAUAAACGAUAGAUUUGAAAAAGUAGAGAAAAAUGUUGAUGGAAAUGCAAAUUGUAUAAAAAAAUUAACAAAAGAAUUAGAAGAUAUAAAGAAGAUCGAUCACGCCGAAACAAUCUUAGGAUUGAAGAAAUUUACGAGAAUGAUAAAGAAUCAUGGGGGGAUACAGAAAAAAAAGUCCAAACAUUCUUCACCGAAAAAAAAACUUGGACUAAAAGGUGUUGAAAUUGAAAGAGCUCACCGCACUGGACGAAAAAACGAUGGACGACCAAGGACUAUAAUAUUAAAUCUUCAGAAAUAUAAAGACAAAAUAAGAAUAUUGAAGGAAUUGUAUCGACUCAAAGGCACAAAUACGUUCGUGAACGAAGAUUUUUCUCGAGAAACCGUCGCUAUUCAAAAAAAAUUGUUCGCUGAAGUGAAAGAAAGGCGAUUGAAUGGUGAAAGUGUUACGGUAAGGUAUGACAAAAUUGUUUAUAUUAAAACUUCUUUUAAAAGCAAUUUUAACGAAUAA